AUGGCUUCAAAGGUUGUCAAUAAUGUCAAAACCUCACUCCAGACGGACGUGAACUGGAAACAGGCCCGCCGCUAUGCCGGCGUUGGCUUCCGUCGCGCUCCCUCUGCCACCGCCACCUACAUUCUCGAGAAGGUGCCUAUCGUGGGCUGGUUGCCACGAUAUAACUAUCGAUGGCUCAUCAACGACUUCAUCGCUGGUCUCACGAUCGGCAUCAUGCUCGUCCCUCAGGGACUGGCGUAUGCCAAGAUCGCCACCAUUCCAGUCCAGUAUGGGCUGAUGGCGAGUUGGUUCCCGGGUAUCUUGUAUGCGUUCAUGGGGACCUCGAAAGAUCUCUCCACUGGUCCAACUUCACUGAUCGGCCUGCUCACCGCAGAGAUUGUCAAGGGCCUCGUCAAGGAGGGCUACCAGGCACAAGAGGUAGCCGCGGCUGUCGCUCUGGGCAUGGGCAUCUACGGCAUGGCCUUGGGAUUUCUAAAACUCGGAUUCCUCUUGGACUUCGUCUCCACACCCGUCUUGAAUGGCUUCAUUUCUGCCGCCGCAAUCGUCAUUGCUCUAGGCCAGGGUGCUUCUCUCCUAGGCGAGGAUGGCGGCAGCAGCAAAACGGCGGGUGAGAUCCACAACAUCUUCUCGCAGUUGCCGGACGCCAGUGGAUUGACCUGUGCAAUUGGCUUCACUGCAAUUUUCAUCCUCGUGGCUCUCGAACAAGUGGGCAAAAGGUGGGGAAGUAAGAACCGCAUCGCGUUCUACCUGUCCAUCAGCCGUGCAUUUAUUUGCGUUCUGUUGUACACGGGAAUCAGCUAUGCCGUCAACCACAAAAAGGAUUCAGAUGACUACCUUUGGUCUGUUGCCAAGGUCAAAUCCGACGGCAUCCAGGCCAAGGCAGUGGACAGCAAGCUCUUUACCAAGGUCAUCGGCCGCAGUAUUGCUCCGUUUGUGGCUGCUGCUCUUGAACAUACCGCAAUCGCCCGCGGCUUUGGACUUCGCAACAAUUACGUCCCCGACAUUUCUCAGGAGCUCUGCUACCUUGGCGUGGCGAACAUGGUCAACAGCUUCUGGGGCGCCAUGGGCGUGGGUGGAGCCAUGUCAAGAACAUCAGUCAACUCAGGCUGCAAAGUCCGCUCACCUCUCGGAGGCGUCAUCACCACCGCAGUGGUCUUGAUCACCAUUUACGAACUUACUGGUGCCCUGUACUGGAUCCCGAAGGCCGUCCUUUCCGCCAUUGUCAUCACUGCUGUCUGGCCAUUGUUUGGCACCUGGCGCACGUACUACCACUACUGGCGGACAUCCUUCACCGACUUCGUGGCGGCAAUGCUUACCUUCUGGUUGACCCUGUUCAAGUCCUCCGAAAUCGGUAUCGGUACGGGCGUUGGCUGGUCUAUUUUCGUCUGCCUGGUGCGACAGGCAUUCAAGCAUAUCAACAACGUCAAUUCGUCAUCGGGUUCUGAACUUGUGCAGUCGAUUGACGACUCGAAGCGCAUGCCUGACCAUAUCCCAGCCGAUACGCAGAUUUUCACGUUCGCUGAAUCAAUGUUCUUCCCGAACGCACAGAGGUUCAAGACCUUGAUCGUGGACGUGGUGAAAACACAUCACGCGCCUUUUCACAUGUCACCUGAGAAUAUCGAGGCUGAGCGGACAUGGUCUGUCGUGGGCGAAAAGAGAGUUGCGAGACUCAGAAGGGAGGCUGGCAUCAGCAAUAUGUCAACUCUGCCUCCUCUGCGACUCCUGAUCCUCGACUUCACCAAAUCCAAUCAUCUCGACAGCACAGCCAACUUGAAGCUUCACGAGCUGUACAAUGAGGUCAAGAAGUACUCGGGCGACAAAGUCGAGAUCAGAUUCGUUGGGCUAAACCCAUACGUGCGCUCUCGAUUCGAGCGCGCUGAGCCGGGUUGGUCCCUGGUUGACGCAUCAGAGCAUACUGCAUCAGAAACGAAGUCGGAGUCGGAAGUCGCAGUGGCGCCGAAGGAUCCGGUUAUCAAGGUAUACCGCAGCUGCAGGGAUGCCAUGGCUGAUGCAAGGCACGAAGAGCCCCGAGAGAUUGUUAUGGAUGAGAAGAUGCCAACGGAACAUUAUGAGACGGUUUGA